AUGAAGGCUGGCCUCAUCUGCCCACGUCCUGAGUCAGGUCCCAGUGUCCCAGUGAAAGCAGAGCUUUCCAUGCAAACCGUCAAGCAAGAGCCUAUUCUGGGCGACAUCACAUCUUCAAGAAAACGUGCUCGGCCACAAAAAUCAGUGGAUCCAAGUGCUCGGGAAAAGCGGAAGGCAAAGAGUGAGCGUGAAGCGCGGUUCAAGGCCGCUCGGUUGUUCCUAGCUGGAGCUGGACUUGCCUACAACGACUACCUGCGUGAACAUACUACCAAGAUGCCGCUGAAGGGCGCUGCUGAAUGCUCCACCGGUGGCUGGAAUGCGCUUCUCGCGCAGCUUCUCAAUGGAGCUCUCCCUGAGACAUGCGCGAAAUGCAUGAGUGCGCUGACGUCCGUCCAGUUUAGCAUGGAGAAGUUUCAGGCUCAGCUUACGCAGGAGAUAGAGCCCGAGCCCUUGCAGGAGGCGAAACUGGAGGCGACGCAGCAGGCAGAGACUUCAUGCGUCAAGCAGGAGGCGGAGGCUUUGGAUGAUAACCAGGCCCUCGGGUGUGUGGCUGAUACGGAUGCCGCUGUGGAUGUCCCGACUGCUGAGGACGCAGAGGAUGCGGUUGACCCAAGGCAGCUUGUGAACAACAACCCCGUGCUCGUGUUGUUGCCCCCAGGAACCCACAGCAAGAGAUAUCCUGUUCAGUGUCUUGCGUGCAAGCGGAAGUCGACCAAUAAGUGUGCCAUCUUUGACUUGAUCACGAUCAACCAUGCUAGGUAUUUGACCCAGCACAUAACUGGGGCUACCCAUGUGAAGAAUGCCAAGAAAUUCAUGCAGGAUUCACGCCCUGCGUCUGCUGCUGCGCCGUUGCAAGAUUUGCAAGCUUUGCCAAGCAGUGAUGUGAGCGCACAGCCAGAUGAGGCAGAGAUCCGCUGUCAAGUGGUUGCCGUGAAGCAGCUGCCUUGCGAAGGCUUCCAGCUAAACCACGCCCCGAAGAGUGCCAAGCUGGGCAGCCUGAAGGAAGAAGCGAACUUGUGGUCGGUCUACACGCCUCUUCCUUCAGUUCAAGAUCUGAACGAGGGGAACCACCAGUACACACGUAACCUCAACGACAAUGGCCUGGUGAUCAGACACCAUUCUUGUGCAGGGUCAGCGACAGUUGUGGAGGAGGAUGGCAAUGGAGCGCCACCGCUGUGCGGGAGAUGCUCCGAGCUCGGCAGUUUAAGGAGCAUUGUGCGGAUGGUGUGCAAGUUCUACAUCAAGCAUGCUGCAGCCAGGCUGCUUGCCGCCCAUUUCUUUGACCCCGACCAGGUCCCGGAAAUUGCUGAGGAGAUCAAGAAGAGCGGCGUCUACCAGCUCCGCACGUCCGAGCUCGACCAGCUUCUGACUUUGGAAAGAGUGCCUCUCCAGAACUUUGUCCGCACGCAGUUCCUUUCCCUACCCUCUUCGAAAUGGAGUCCCAUGCUGAGGGAUUUCAUAGCGUCUGUGGUGCAGCCCUGCUGCAAGGUGCCGGCUUCCACUUGGGACGGGCGUGUGGCCAACGCUAACAGCUCUGUUCGCGUGCUUGCCGAGAAGAUGAAGCACGGCAGCCUGGCUACAGUCGCAGACCUUGACCUCAAGCUUGCUUGCCACGUGGCAUCAGGAGCUCUACACAAUCACCCGGUUGUCCAAGGCAUCCUAGUGGCGGCCAUUGAGCAAGCCCAACGUGCCAAGCGGGGCGUAAGUGGAUUCAGGGGGCAUCAGCUCUCCUCGCUCGAGCUGUCAUUCAUGGCUGAGGCUGGGGUCAGCUUGGCCAUGGCGGCCUCUAACAUGGACCUUGUUCACCAAUUCGGUCUUGCGUUCACGGUUCCACGACUUCCGCUGGAUAACUUACACGCUCGCAAUCUGCCGGAGCCGUUCAUUGCCCAGUCCAACGUGGAGGUGCUGGAACAAAAUCUGCUCCUUAUCAGCAAUCACCUCACGUCACAGCGCAACAGCGCAUCAGCUCAUCCAGGUCCACUUCGGCGUUUCGUCAUGGUGGUGCCUGAUGCUCAGCGUGGUGCACAACAGGAGAUGCAGGAGGAACGCAGCCAGUCUCCCCUGACAUGGGAUGCGGCAGACCUGGUUUACGCCAUGGAGAUCUGCGAAUUCUUGGUUUGGGAUGCCGGCCUCAAAAGCCUUCCAAGGUUCUCAGCCUGCUGCGUCCCAACUCCACAGGACAGCACUGCACUGGACAUGCUUCGUUUGGUCGGCAGCGUGCUUCAGGGUGCCCAUCAGAUCAAAACACUGGCAUUCGACAAUGCCACGCAGCAUGUGCUUGUGAAAGCCUUUUUGCUUGGCCAGCCCACUGGACUCACUGCUGAGGAGAUUCGCCGACUUCCAUUUUGGAAUCGAGUGACUUACUGUCCCCUUCCACCGUGUUCGCUUCCCAGGUUGCCGUUCAAGAAGCCCGUAGUGGAUGGCCAGGUGUUGUUUGCCUUAAACGGCCCGGCUCAUUUGCAAAAAAUUUUUGCAAGCCAGCUCCGCAGUCCCUCGAGAACCAUCUACUAUGGACGUUUUUUUGCGACGGGAACUCUUGACCUCUCCUGUCCACCUGGAGCAUUUGUUGGCUAUGAUGGCCAAUCGGACGCUGAAGCUGCAAGCUUGCUGAAUGCCUUCCAUUACGUAGUUACUGUGGUCUCAGAUGUUCAUGAAGUCCGAGUGCCGUGGGCAUUGCUUGGCUCCAUGCUGCUCAACUUGACAGCGUGCCUCACCACCAGCUCUGUGUUCCACCCAGGUCUCACGCCAGCGCAACGCGUGGAGAACUCCUUGACGAGUUUCAUCCUCUUUGACCUGGGUGGGAUGGAGGCGGACACCAGAUGCAAGAAGCUCAAUCUCCCGAAAGGCAGUGGUUGGGUCCACAAAACCACGCAGGCGAACAUGCAACAAUUGGUUGGGAUGAUCGUGGUGGCAUGCACGAGCCCAUCCCCCGACUGCCCUUGGCUUCCGUGGAGAUCUUCUGAGUUGCCUCUUGAGCAAUGGUUCGGCUACCUCCGCGGGCAGUUUGCGUCGUCCCAGAUGACUGUCAGAGACUUUUUGUACGCUGGGAGCCGAAAGAUGAAUGAGACUGCUUGCCGAUUGGCCAAGCAGCCAGCGCAGCAGCUUCCGCAGACGCCCGCAGGGGCUGUGUCGGAUGCCGAGUUUGCCGCUUGCGCUGAUCGGGCGCUGAGUGCGGCGCUGGAGCUGAUGGCUUGCUGCUCGGGUGUAACCACUCAAAACUUGCUCGACAGGUACGUGGUAUACUGUGGGACGCUGGUCAAGGAAACGUUGAUCGAAAAUGCGGCUCAGGACUUCGGAGGAGAGGUUGAGCCAGAUGAUGAGGUAGUGGAGGAUUUCAUGUUGGAUGACGAGAUGGAAGCGCCGCUCAUCCAUAAGGACAACAGCUGCAGGGUCUCUGAAGCGGCGGCCGAGCAUGCCGAGCUUGAUGCGGAGCUUGUGGGGGCUGAUGCUGAGUGCUUCGAACUGCUUGGCCAGCUGCGCUCCAGGCAGAUUGCGGACGGGGUGGAGGAGCUGCCGCCCAUGGAUGAGCGGGAUGCUCAACGUCUGGGCUGUGGAGAGCGGCCUCCGCCAAAGGUCCUGGAUCAAGCAGCGUGGACAGAGUUGCAGACGUCCGGGAAGGGAGAGGAUGGCGACCAGCUGACCAAAUCCACGGAUGGACAUGUGCUGACGCUGGCGGCUGCGCUUCAGCAUGCCCGUGUGGGAGAUGGCAAAAUGCAGAGUAUCGAGCCCGCUGUGCCCUGGCUUUGGAUGUUGCUGGUGACGUUGCGCUCGGCAGCAGAUGCGCACAUACUGCCUGAUCCUGCGCGUAGCCGCCGUGCGCGGGGCGGGCUCAACUGGCAUCAAGCUUGUGAGCGCGAGCUGGCAAUCUUGCGUCAGCAGGUCGGCGCGCCCAGCAAGCGCACAAGCCGUGCAGCGGCUUGGCGGGCAAUGAGUGCCAGCCUCAGGCAGAAAUGCCCAAACACAGACGCAGCCAACCCGUCCGAGAUGGCUCCAGGCAUCAUUCUGUUGGUUGUGCCUCUGCAUACUCAGCAGUGGUGUGUCGCUUGUGUAUUGACCGUCUUCCGCAAGACUCCGCGUGGCGCUAAGCAGACACACUUGAGCACCCCGUUGGAUGCGGUCAAGUGCCUGAGGGUGGCCAUCAUGGAGCCAGUGAAGGGUGAGGUCGAUGGAACAUUCCAAGCCAACGCCUACAGCUUUGCAGUUGUGAUUCCUGCCCACCGUGCGGUGCUCGUGCUGCAAACGGAGGUUCUCACCCCUGGGCAGGAUGGGAUGCGCUGUCAGCUGACUGCUCCCAGCAUGGAGAUCCUCAAGUGCGGCGUGGAGGCCACUUCAUGGUCAGAUGCUGCAGAACGCCCAGAAGUUCAAGAAAGUGCCGAAGGAAAGCAGGGUCCAGGCAAGCGUGGGGGGGACAAGAUCCAGGCACAGGUCCAGAAGGGCUAUGCUCGACACCUAGCGUUGAAAGCCAAA